AUGAAUAAAAUAUGUAAUUCAUGUCAAGCAAAAAAAUGGCCGGCUGAAGCUCCUGGACUGUGUUGUAGUGGUGGCAAAGGGCAAACAUUUAAAUAUGUAGGAUUAGAUUUACGGCAAGACUGUUUUUCGCACGGCCAACUAUAUGUCGCGUUGUCAAGAUCAGGUUGCGGAAACAAUCAAUAUAUUCUUCUGCCACAAGAAAAUAAAACGAAAAAUAUAAUUUACUCAGAAGUACUUUAA